GUCAGUUUGGCCAACGGAAGCUGACAUAACAGAUCAUCGGACCACUCGGUGUGCAUGGUAUAUGUAGCGUGUUCUAUAGUUUCGUAAUCUACCAAUAGAUCAAAUAAAUAAAAAGGCUUCUGCAACCUAAUAAAUAAAGAUGACAAAAUCCCUAACACUCUUUUACAUUUUAAUUAUUGCCAGUUUGGAUGAGAUUCUAACCAAGCCAGGUGCAAGGUACGCUCAAUAUGAUGCCUUAUUUGUGGCGAGAUGUGAAGCAAGCUGUUGGAUGAUGGAAAACAAAAGCUUGUGUAUUAAAUCAUGCUUGGCAUCGGAAAUCAGAAAACCUGGAAAUUGUCCACCAAUAAAUUCGACGCUUUCCCCAUUUGCAGCGGUGUGCCUUAAUAUUUGUCAAAGGGAUUCCCAGUGUCCUGGUUUCUCGAAAUGUUGCCAUCACACCUGUGGAAUCACGUGUCAGCAACCACUAGAUCUUCAAUACGCAGUAGGCAUUCCCGAUAUACCCACACAAGUGAAAAUUUUAGAAGGACGUAGAAAAAAAAUAAUCUACAUAACCUGGAAUCCAGGUAAAUUGGGUAAUUUUGAUGAAAAAGCAGGAACUGUGAUAUAUUUAAUCGAAGAAAGGCAUCAUCCCGGUAGAAAUUUCAUCGAAAGUCAUUUAUCCGAGUGGAUUCCCUGCUCGAGGACAAUAAAGUUCAGCCAGAUUUUGAAGCACCUCGUAAAACCCGGAAGGUGGUAUCAAUUUAGGGUGGCAGCAGUGAAUAGCAAUGGUUCCAAAGGAUUUUCCGAAAGCUCGCAACCAUUUAGCAUGUCAUUAAGUCCCAAGCCUCCAAAAGCUCCUGAAAACGUUACUGUUGGACCCCUAUGGUACUUAAAUGGCAGCUUAAAUGCAGAACUAAGAUGGUCGCCUCCAUCAUCCGACUUACCUUUAUAUAAGUAUAAAGUAUUUUGGAGUAGACGACUUCAUGGGGUUAAAGCAUUGGAUUCUGUAUUGGUGCAUCAACAAGUUAUUCCCAGGGACCAAAACCACUUUAUGCUUCAUAAUAUCCAACCCAAUUCAUUAUAUUUUCUUCAAGUUCAGGCUUUAUCCCAAUUUGACAAGGAAAGGUUAAAAGGAGAUAAAUCUGGGCUAGUUCUUAAUACAACCAACUACACGAACCUUACUGAUAAUAGUAUAUCCGUCAAUCCAAAUGCAAUAAAUCGAAUAGAAGGUCUUCACAUGCAGAAGUUGUAUUGGUUCCAAGGAGACUUGAGGGCUCGAAUAUCUUGGAAAGGCAAAAAGAACUCCACUAGAUACACUGUGACCUGGUGGGCAGGUUCAUGUCAUGCUAGGAGAUCCGAAAAAAACAGCUUUAAACUAGCAGCCACAACAAAGACAUCUCAUUUUGAUCUUUACGAUCUACAAUUUAAUUGUAGAUAUAGAGUUAGUGUGAGAGAAAAUUUGCCAGAAACAAUGAAAAUUAUGCAGGAUACAUCGGUAACAUUUACUACACCGUCCUGCAAGAGAUUUAAGAAGUUCAACAACCAGGAUUUGUAAUGACUAUUACAAAAAUGUUUAUAGAUUUUUAUGAGAA